GCGGCGCGGUUGGCGGUUGGCGUUGUGUAAGCCCGCGCGCAAUACAGAAUGCGGUUUUCCGAAAAAAGCGCGCAAUCCAAGAUGGACGCGAUGGAUGGGGACAGAGGUUCCCCUUUCAAGCUUGUACCUCAAAGUAUGAUCGCCAAUGUCAUGGCCGUGUGCCCAGACGUCGAUCCUAAGGAUGUAGCCAAGGAUCUGAUCAUCACGGGAAGUGCAACAAGGACAAUCAACAGAAUUCUGGAUGGUCAGUUCCCUGCAAUAGUCAGUGUUGAUGUUGACGUUCAAAGCACAUCAUUGGAAACCCCAUGUCAGGAUGCAACUGAGUCCUUAAACUUCAAGAAUCCAUCAACUUCUGUUAAUAGAAUGAAUUCAUCGCAAAGUAAUAAGAAUGACUGUAGUGACACUGAUGUAUAUUCUGAUACAGAUGAUGAUGACGGCAUCAUAAUUGUCCAAGAAGAGAGAAGAAGUUUAUUCAGUGCUUUGAAGAGUAGAAUGAAUAAGAAAGAACCUGGGAAAAGAUGCUCAAUUCAAUCAAAACCUCCCAAUGCGAUCGCUGUUGAGGAAACAUCUGAUCGUCUAGGGGGACAAUGUACAAAAACUGAUUCAAAGAACAAGCGAACAAGUGCUAUUGUUGAUCUGUCUUUCUCAGAUGAUGAAAGUCAAGAUGACUGCCAGUUCAAGCUAAACAGUCUAAUACAAUCGUGUGUUACUAAAACACAAACAACCAGCCAGGAUGAAUGUGUUUUAGUUGAAACACAAAAACAACAAAGCAUAAAGGCAGGUCCUUCACACAAGAACACGAUUGCUAGAAAGAAGUGCUCUGAAAUACUUGACAGAAAACUGAUGGAAUUAUCUCCAUCUAAGCAUGACACUGACAGCUGUGAAGACAGUGAUGACCUUCCUUGUGUUUUACCAUCAUCUUUGUAUUCAGGCAGUGAAAGGAAUGGCCAUUCUUGUAAAUCUCUGCCCAGUUCAUGUACAGACAAUUACAAAAGUAGUGACUCAAGUGCACAAGAAAGCAUCAAUAUGGACUCUCGGCAUGGUUCUGAAAUCCCAGCAAAGAGAAAGAAAAGGUCAGCAGAGGAAAUAACAAGACACAGAAAUGAAACUCUUCUGAAGAAACAAGCAAAAGAACGUGAAAGGCAAGAAAAGAAAGAAGCAAGAGCGAAAGAACAACAAGCCAGAGCUCAAGCUAGAGAAAAGAUAAAAAUGUCUAAAGAUAAAGAAAAAUUGCUGAAAAAGGCAGAGAGUAUGAAUCAGAAAAACAAUCGAUUGGAUGGCUGUAUCAAGCAAAUGGUGGUCUGCAUUGAUCCUGGAAUUUUGACCAAUGGCCAAGUACCAGAGGACAAUAUCCUCCUUCAAAAGCUGGAGUCACUAGGGGCAAGCCAUAAGACACAAUCGCAGCUGAUUCCUGGCGUCAUCACAUGGCAGAGAGCUUGUGUCCAGCAUGAUGUGCAAGGAGAGACACUUCAGAUCUCCACUAAAACUACCUUUACCGACGAGCAACAUGCAGUACUUCGUUUGUCGGCGAUCAAGUUUGUUGAACUGGUUUUUCAAUUUCGUGAGGAAAUGCAAAAUCCUACCAUCUCUGUUAUCGCUGACGACGAAACGUUACUCGCGUUCUGUGAAAGAGCCCUGACUAUUUACCCAGGAAAAAUUAUUACCAUUGUUGUUCUUGGUCUUGAGAAGUAUUUCAGAGAUGUCAAGCUCACAGAAAAGCGUCAGUUUCGUAGCGCUGUCCUAGGCUCAAGUUCAUCGGACACCGAAAAUCUCAGCGGUAAAAGACGGAAGAAGUCUAACAAGGAGUCUGGGCCGAGUGUCAUGGUGUCGAGGGUUGACAUCGAAGAGGCGCUUGUAGCCCUACAGAUCAAGAAACCGAAAUGUCGAGUGCGCAUGUGUGCAACAGAAGAGGAGUUUGCUGAUCUGCUGACCAUGUUUACAAAAGCUGUGGCUGAAGCACCUUACAAGAAGAAACAACCGGAAUCGUUUAGUUUCUGUGUUGAAGGCGGAGAAAAAGGAUCUGUGAAGGUAUCAAAAGAAGGAGAGGGUUUGAAGAAGGUGUGGCAGCAGCAUUUCCAGCAGUUCAGGAAUGUGUCAGCUGAAAUGGCAGCCGCCAUAGUUGCUGUGUAUCCCAGUCCACAGAGUCUUUUACAGGCGUAUAAGCGAUGUGGCAGCAAACAAGAAGCUUCCAAACUUCUUCAGGACAUCCUGGUCCGUCGCGGCGCCGGGGUACUGGCCACUAGUCGGAGGAUUGGACCCGAGCUUUCCCGACGAAUUCAUCUUCUUCACACGUGUGAAGAUGGUGAACAGUCCAUGAAGUAAACUGACUGUUUACCGUCUUCACGGAACUACGACUCAGCCAAGGAGCUUGGUAGCUUGCAACAAAAUCCAAGUGAAGCUCGUGUGAUUAAUAUUCCCCCGCAUGGGUCGGUUAGUGCAAACAAGGUUUAGCUCAAUCCGGGCCGGGGGAGUGAAAAAAAAAAAAUUGUUGUAAUGAGAGAACAAGUUCCAUUCUUGGCCGAACAUUGACUUGGUCUUUAAUGUGAGUUCGUGACCAGAUUGAAUCACGCAACUUUAUCUCGUAAGCGGACGUGACAGCUUGCAAUGUCAAUAGAAAAGAACUUUUUUCAGAACAAUAAGGUACUUGUAGCCUGCAGCGCGGCCAUGUUUUUUUGAACGGAAUGCUCGACAGAUCAGGUUUUAGAUGCCGCCAUCUUGGAUUAUAAUUGCAUACUUGACCGUUAGAAGGUUGGGGUAGAAUGUGCAGGCACUUGUUUCACUCCAUUUUCAACACUAAGGAAACGAAAGUUCCUUUUCCAAUGAAAACACAAUGUAAACCCA